GUAAAAGCCAGGUUAAUUUUGUAUACAAACGCUCGCCUAUAAAACUGAAAUGUCCAUGUUUCAUAGCUUGAUAAAUCUUACUAUCUAAAUUAAAUUCGCAAUAUUGAACAAGACGGACGUUUGAUUUAAUUCUCAGUUGUUUUUUAAUCUAUGUAUUAACAGAUGCGUACAAAUAAACAAACUAAUGCAAACAUAUCAUUACGUAUCAUCGGUUCAUUGCUUUGUUUACUGAUCACCGUAAGCUUCAUAUUAUUCGUAUUUUUACUAUUUAUGAUAAAACUCAUAUUUCAGUUGGUCGGUACAGCUUUAACCGGUUUUAUAGGUCAUAUACUUAUUGCUUUUGAAUAUAUCAGUGAAAUAUUUGGAAGAUAUGUAUUAUUUGGUGGAAUUUAUGUUAUACUAACAUGUGGUAUAUUUACUGUAUUGGUUGGUCUGCUUGGGUUUUUCAGUUUCGUACACCCAAAUCGAUGUACAUCUAUCACGACUUGUGUUGGUUUAGUUAUUCUCAUUAUUAUUACUACUUGCACAUCAGUGAUUGUUUAUAUGUAUCCUAAAACUAUGACAAAUUUGAUAUAUUAUCGAAUGAUCAAAACAUUUCCAAAUUAUGGCCAAAAUAUGCAAAUAACUAAUGCAUGGGAUAUUAUGCAAAGUAAUCUUAGAUGUUGCGCUAUACAUAACCGAGGUUGGUCAGAAUAUAAUCAAACUGUUUGGUACAAAUUAACCAACGCUGAUAUACAUCGUCAUGACGAACUUAUACCACGUACAAAUCUUUACUAUCAUUUUGUUCCCGUAUCUUGUUGCUUAACUAAAAUUGAUGGUUUGACUGGAUUCCCUUUACAAACUUAUCGAAAUAAGAAACGUUGUCAAAAUUGGCAAUACGGUCCACCAGCAUUCCAAAAUGGUCCACAUAAUGAUGCAUUAUAUUAUCGAGGCUGUUAUAACCUACUUGUCGAUUAUAUUAAUGCAUACGCUGAAUAUAUACUCGGAAUGGGAUUGACAGCUGCUAGUAUAUUGAUAAUACUAUUUCUGUUGCUGCUACGUGUAGAACUUGGGAAUAAUCCAACUGAUCUGCGAAUAUACGACGCAAACUUAUUAAAAAACAAUCAGAAUAAUCAUUACUACGUUGAUAAUAAGUAACCUGCAUGAAUUUCAAAGAAUGCCGAAUUUUAAUGACCCGUCAUCAGUUCAAUCAUUUGAUCCUCCGUUAAAUUCUAUCAAUUUAAUUCCUACUCGAGAUGUACGCGUCCACUUAAUUAUCUAUGUCAACAGCAACUAUCAGGACUUGGUCGCUAAUCCUUUCACACAAAAUAAAUGUGAUUAACACAUACCACAUGACUGUCUAGCUUUAUUGAAAAUAAUUCCUUUUGCAUUUCACAGUCCUAUACAUGACAAAUGUAUAUAUACUCUUGUAAUCUUUGCUGUAUAUACAUGCUAACCUGUAUAGACUUUUCUCUAACAUGUUUGCAGUUUUCUUGUAUGACUUUGGCAAUACAUUAUAAGACGUAACCGUCUUCUCGGAAUGAAAACCAACUGAUUACAAUAAAUACAGACUUAUCAAUUAUUUUAGUCUACAUUUUAUGCUAGAGUUGGUUUACUAACUUGUAAACUUCAAUAUUUGUUGUAACAAAGCUAGACAACUUACUAGCUGC